CACGAGUGUUUUCCUCGCCGCGGCUCGCGCAGUCGUCGUCUCUGAGAGACAUCAGCUGAUCUACAUAAGAGGGCGGCUUCCAUAAACUUCCCGCAACAAUCAAAUGUUGUUUCUUGAGUCCGGAAUUCGCGAUAGAGUUCUUCUCGCAAAGAUCCCACCGAUCGAAGGAAUCAACCUGGACGGAAGCGCUUUCCGGACUGCUCAGACCGUGCUGAAACGACUCCUGUCGAGGAAGAUGAUCUGAACGAAUGACAUUGCUCGCCCAGACGAGGUUGGAGCGUGCGCGAAAGCUCCCACUGAGCUCUCCAUCCGCCACGGCUGCGAGCUGCUUGUGAAAUCCAACCCCAUCAAGUGACUUAUCGCAAUCCCUCGAAGCUCGAGCAGCAUGAGUGUUCUCAAGGACUUUCGUUGGUUGUCGGAGUUCGGUCCAGUUUUCGGGAUACACGGCGAGAACGUGCAAAUCAUAAGCGAGCCGUGUCAGUUCUACAAAACUUUGAACUCCUUAGCGCUGGAAUCGGAGAAGCGAAUCGUCUUAGCGGCGUUGUAUCUCGGCACCGGUGCCCUCGAACAAAAUUUAGUACAGAACAUACGCACAGCUGUAAAGAACAAACCACACAGUCUACAACUCACAGUCCUCCUCGAUUAUACCCGAGCAUCUCGCGGAGCUGAUGUUUCGUCGCGAACAAUGUUGACCCCUCUCAUCGGGGAAUUCGGUCCGAGAGUCCAAGUAAAACUAUAUCACAGCCCGCGGCUUCGAGGUCUACUCAGAUGGUUGCUCCCACAGAAAUGGAAUGAAAUCGUCGGCCUACAGCACAUUAAAGUAUACGUCUUCGACAAUAACGUUCUCUUGAGCGGUGCCAACUUGAGCGAUCAGUACUUCGAGAAGCGCCAAGACCGGUACUUCUUGUUCAGAGACAGUCCGGGGUUAGCUGAUUACUACACGAAUCUCGUCGAGUCAGUCGGUCGCGUCUCCUUCCGGCUCGAUGCUUCGAACCAAUUGAGUUUCACGAAUGACCAAGAUGUCCAUCCGUACCUGCAUUCAUUGCGGAAAUUUGUGUCUUACUCGAAACAGCUUCUGGCUGAGUUCACGGAGCCCAAUGAUUCAUUCGACGAAGCAGAGCCGUACGACACACAUGUGUAUCCUCUUGUUCAAAUGAGUCAGUUACAAGUCGGGAAUGACCUAAUCGUCACGACGAGGAUGCUGGAAUCAUUUUCGGAGGGGAGCCGUGUCAAACUUGGAACCGGAUAUUUCAACCUCAUUCCCGAGUACGAGGAGCUGAUCACCAAUGGACGAGCUGCGUACGACAUUUUGACUGCCCAUCCAAAGGCAAAUAGCUUCUACGAAGCUCCUGGCGCGAUGUAUUACAUUCCGGCAAUGUACACACUCCUGCUCAAGAUGUUCUUCACGAAAUCGGCGCCAGCACGGAGUCGGGUGAAGCUCUGGGAAUACGAACGAAAACACUGGACCUUCCACGGCAAGGGUCUAUGGUAUUACGCGCCAGGACAGCUGAGACCGAAUUCGACAAUGAUCGGCUCCCCUAACUUCGGUUUCCGGUCCGCUGGUCGGGAUCUCGAGUCACAAGUGGUCAUAGUAACAGAAAACGAGGAUCUUCGCAAUCGCUUGGAAGCGGAACAGGGAAAUAUAUUCGAACCUGCGAGUGAAGUGUCAAAGCAAACUUUCGAGGAAAAGGAGCGCUCUGUACCCAUGUGGCUCCAUAUCGUAACCAAGUUCUGCCGAAGUUUUUUCUGA